AUGGUAAAUAGUGCCAUUACGCGAGAAGAGCGCUCUAUUGUCUAUUUCGUGGAUCCGACAGAGCAGAGUGCUCCACUUCUUGAAUCGAUAAAUCGAGGCGAAUUUAUAGCGUUACAUAGACUACAAGCCUUUGGAAACGUAUCUUUUGAACAUGUUAACAUGAAGAAUGUAGAAAUUUUCUGGCAAACGCUCGGCACGACACUUCAACGUAAUACACCAGAACAUUUUGAUACUGUUAUCCUGUUUGAUGAGUUUGAUAUGUUGUACAAUGCAACAGAAGAUGUUCUUAUCUUGUGUUUGACAACUCUUCAUGGCAUCAAAGCCAGCAAACAAGACUAUGCUAUAUGCUCUGUCAUUGCCAUCGGACCCUUCAGUAUUAUGCAUUUAAACUCGAAUAAUUUGAUCAUGUCACCAUUCAAUAUUAACGAACCAUUUCAGAACCCGAACUUUUCUUUGGAGCAAGUACAAUUCAUAUACAAAGAAUUUGCAGAUGAAUAUGAGUUGACUAUUGACCAAGAAGUUGUCGAAGAUAUAUACAUACAAACAAACGGGCAUGCUGGUCUUAUCUGCCUUUGCGGAUGUGCGAUCUAUAGAAAGUUAUUCUCAGAGCUAGAAAUGGGAAUGCACUUGAGCUAUGACAAAUGGCAACAUUUCACCUCCUCCUUAUUAGUAAAUGAGAUUUUAGAGUACCCAACGUUUAUAAGGAUGAAAGACACUCUCCUGAGAGAUGAUACUAAUAUAAAACAAGCUGUAAAGCUCCUCUGGACUGAUUUUUUAGCGAAUUUUGACCCUGUAAAUGUUGGGAUGCAAAAUGAUCUAGUCCGGUUUCUCAAAGCAGAAGGAGUUCUGAUCCCCGGAGAAAAUGCUGGAACAUAUGUAGAAGUUCUCUAUCAUCCUUCAACGGGUACCUUAGACAUACUUAAGGCCUUGAAACAAGUUGUCUGCAUAUUUGACAGAGAGAUUAUGAAGUUCCGCAAUUCUUUCAAGACAGCACAUGUGCUAGUCAAUAAUGUUGAUAAACUAGAAGUCCCUAGAAAGUCAGUUUAUAAUGCGGAAUUGUAUCGGAUAAUGUCGAAUUGGCUUGUUGAAUUCACGGUAACUGGACAAUGGCACCUAAAAUAUCGUACUAGUGGACAUAUCAAUCAUAAAUAUGUUAACAUAAUUAUCUCACGACCUAAUAAAACAAUUGCCCUUGAGCUUUUAGCUACAGCAACAAAAAAAGAGCUCAAAGAACAUUACGAAUGGGCACUCAUAUAUGAUAAGAAAUUACCUGCAGAUGAAACAUGGAUUGUCCAUUUCACCUGUGAAGAAAACGCCAUUUUGGAACCAUGCUGGUCAACCAAGUCUCAACUGCAAAAGGGUCUUCAAGUCGUAUACUUUUGGCAUGAUCUUAACUUUACGAAAAUUAGUAUAAUUGCAUGUUGGUGGGAUACAAAUAAUAAUACGAAGCAUGUUACUAAUGUUAAGGAAAUAAUGGAACAAUAUCAGAAUGAGAAUAAAUUAGUAGAGCCAAUUUUGUCCAAACCACUAUAUAAUAUAAAAACCGUGAACAAUGUUCAUGAUCGAGAAAAAAUUAUACCAGAGUCUGUGCAAAAUGUGACAGAAAAAUAUAUUAAGGAUUCAAGUUUAGUGACCGAAAUUGUGCAAGGUUUGUUACAAGAAUUUUUAGUAAAUUCUAUAAAAGAUAAUAUCGAAUUUAUUAACAGCAAAUCCUCAGAUUCUCCACCUGGUGCAGUCAAGCUUGCUCAUUUGUUGUAUCAAGCAUGUGUGACAGUAUCGAAAACCGUGAAUACCGUUCACGAUCAGACAAAAACUGAGGUGAGUACUCAAGCUAAAGUAAAUGUGUUAACCAAGUCUCAAGUCUCUGAAUCAGAAGGAAUAGAAUGCGGGGUAUCAGAAAUCAAG